ACAUGUUAACAUGCAAGCAGUGUGAAAGAAGUCAGUCCGAGUUAAACAACUCUCUGGUGUUAUGCUAGAUAUCACUAGCAAAUUGUCUCAAUUCUGAUUUAAAUUGAGCUUUUCUUUGGUUGUUCAUUCACGUAUACACUUAUGGUUAAGGAUGGCGGUUGAACAAUUUGUGUCAAAAACACUUGAGCUUCUACAAGAGGAGAGGGAGGCUGAAAUAGAAGAAACCAGGAUAUGGCAGGAGAACAUCUCUCUCAAGGAUCUUCAAAGUAAAGGAGUUUGCCUGCUGAAGCUGCAGAUAGGAAGUCAGUUCACGGGCCUCUAUGGUCGCACAGUCAUCGUCCUCGAGCCAAGGAAGCAUCUUGGGUUCUCAACUCUGCCAAGCAACAGCUUUGGGCCUGGAGAUAUAGUCGGCUUGUAUGACACUGGCGGAUGCACUGCAGCCUCGCAAAUCAGCACAGGAGUAGUGACAAGGGUCAGCCAGGCUUCUUUAAGUGUGGCCUUUGAUGAUACGCAGGACGGCGGCAGCUUUGAAGACAACGCUCUUUACAAUCUCUUAAAGUUGGCAAACGACGUCACAUACAAACGAAUGAAACAGGCCCUGAAUACAUUAAAUGGAUACAGUAAUGGACCAGCUGGCAAUCUGAUCAAUGUUCUGUUUGGAGACACAACACCUUCUCAAUCACAGCCAAAUGAAGUUGAGUUCAUAAACUCCAACCUGGAUGAUUCCCAGAGAGGCGCUGUGUCCUUCGCUCUGUCUCAGAGAGAGCUGGCUGUGAUUCAUGGACCACCUGGCACGGGCAAAACCACCACAGUGGUGGAAAUAAUCCUGCAAGCAGUCAAACAAGGCCAAAAGGUCCUGUGCUGUGCCCCCUCUAACGUGGCUGUGGAUAACUUAGUGGAAAGGUUAGCUCGGUGCAAAGCAAAAGUCCUGAGGCUGGGUCACCCUGCCAGGCUGCUGGAGUCCAUACAGAAACAUUCCCUUGACGCCAUCCUUGCUCAGAGUGACAAUGCAAACAUCAUUGCAGACAUCCGUAAAGACAUGGAUAAAGCUUUUAUGGGAAUGAAGAAGAUGCGUGAAAAAGCAGACCGAGGGAACUUCAGAAGGGAAAUAAAGGAGCUAAAAAAAGAACUGAAGACCAGGGAAGCAACAGCCAUCACUCAGAUCCUUAAAAGUGCUGAUGUCGUCUUAUCAACAAAUACGGGUGCUUGUGAUGACGGCCCUCUGAAGUUCCUGCCGGCGGAGCAUUUUGAUUGGGUGGUGAUAGACGAGUGCGCUCAGGCCCUGGAGAGCAGCUGCUGGAUCGCUCUGCUCAGAGCACGCAAGUGCAUUCUGGCCGGAGACUACAAGCAGCUACCGCCUACAAUCAAAUCACAAAAGGCUGCAUCAAAAGGCCUGUCCCUCAGCCUCAUGGAAAGACUAAUCCAGAUGUGCGGGGACUCCGUGGUGCGUAUGCUAACAGUUCAGUACCGCAUGAACAGCGCCAUCAUGGAGUGGGCCUCCAAAGAGAUGUACCAGGGAAGACUGACCGCUCACAGCUCUGUAGAGGGACAUUUGUUAAAAGAUCUACCAGGAGUCGCCUGUGUUGAAGAGACCAGCACGCCGCUGCUUCUUGUCGACACCGCAGGCUGCGGUCUGAGUGAGAUGGAGGUCACAGAUGAACAGUCCAAAGGCAAUCAAGGUGAGGUGGAUAUAGUUGAUCUGCACAUUAAGACCUUGAUUGAAGCUGGGUUAAAAGCCAAAGACAUAGCUGUUAUUGCUCCGUACAAUCUACAAGUGGAUCUUCUGCGUCAGAGACUUUCUGCUAGACAUCCAGAGCUGGAGAUCAAGUCAGUGGACGGAUUUCAGGGCAGAGAGAAGGAGGCUGUGGUGUUGUCGUUAGUUCGAUCCAACAGAAAAGGGGAUGUUGGAUUUCUGGCCGAGGACAGAAGGAUAAAUGUUGCUGUAACACGUGCCAGACGUCACAUUACUGUGGUCUGCGACACCCAAACUGUCCAGAAUCAUCCUUUCCUGAAGUCCCUCAUUCUUCACAUGACUGAGUUCGGCACGGUCAGAACGGCAUUUGAGUACAUCCAGGACAUCGUGCCACAAAACUACACCCGCGACCAGAAGGACAUCAAGCCCAAUACAUCUUCCAGCAACUCUGCGACCACCAAACAGAAGGUCAAACAGCCGCCUCCCAACAAGAUGAAACCAGGACAGAAGACAUCUAGUGAUGAUAAAAGUACCGGUACGAAGAGGCACACAACAUCCUGUCUAUCUGCACAUGAGGAGGAGCAGAAGAAGCAGAACAGACAAAUAGAGAUCAGACAGCAGGUGGAGAAGUUUCUCAAGGACUUAAAUCAAAGUGAACUCCAGUUUCCAUCAUCGUUCAACUCUCAUGACCGCCUGCUGGUCCAUCAGAUCGCUGAGGAGCUGGGACUGGUGCACGAGAGUAAAGGUGAGGGGAAGGACCGGUGUAUCACUCUGUCCAGGCGCCCGGAGUCAUCACCUUCUGAGCUGCAACUACAAGAAGCAGAAGUAGCCCACGAAGAAGAACCACCACUCCCAAAUACCAGUAGCGAGACACUUCGUCAACCUCUGCUGGACCUGAAAAGUUUACAUUUGGAGCGGAUGAAGAGGGAGCAGCAGAAAAGGGAAGAAAAUGCUCAACAAAAAAAGCAACAGAGCAUUCCUCUACCAGCUCAGUCAUCAAAGAAACCAAAAUCAGCUAAAGGAAAGAACCGCACGAAGGCAGGCGCCUGCGACAUCGCCGCCGCUGCUGCUCCAGAUGAGGACUUUGAUGCGCUUAUCAAUGCUGUCAGGAAGGCUGAAAGUGUAUGCAGUUUCGUCAAAUGUAAAGCUUCGGUGUUAACACUCGGACAGCUUUGCAUGUUCUGCAACAGGCAGUUCUGUCUGAGUCAUCAUAUACCAGAGGUUCACGGCUGUGGAGAUAAAGCCAAGUCCCAUGCUCGGAUGAGAAUAAGUAAAGAAGGUGUUCUUUAUGCAGGGAGUGGGAAGAAAGACAAAUCAAUGGACCCUAAUAAGAAAGCCUAUCUGCAAAGGAAACUGGACUCCAAACUGAAAGAUAUGGCAUCACAGAGAAAACCAAAAAACAACGAGGAGAGUUAAUGAUAGCGUAUAAACUCAAGAAAUGAACUGAUCUGCAGAAUUUGUUCUAAAAGUGAUUAAACAAUUCAAAAAGUCA